CUUGAGUCCUAUCCCUAACAAAACCAAAAACCAAAAAAAAAAAAUCAAACUUCUUUUCAAGGCGUCCGUUAGCUGAUAUUUGUUUAGUCAUUCAGAUAGUGAUUUACGUAGAGAUGAUUGCAACAUGGAGAAAAAAGAGAACAGAGAAAAGAGUAACAAAGAGAGGAUUUAUGAAGAAAACAAACAUGGACUUAGUGAUACCAAGCCAAUUUACAUGUCCAAUUUCAUUAGAUUUAAUGAAAGAUCCAGUGACUUUAUCAACAGGGAUUACGUAUGAUCGAGAAAACAUCGAAAAAUGGAUAAAUGAAGGUGGGAAUCAAACAUGUCCUAUCACAAAUCAAGAACUGAAGUCAUAUGGGAAUGGCAUUGUUGAUCCUGUUUUAAUUCCAAAUCACAAUAUUCGAAAAAUGAUUCAACAAUGGUGUGUCGAAAAUAAGGAACAUGGGAUUGAUAGGAUUCCAACUCCAAGAAUCCCAAUUUCAUCAUCUGAUGUCUCUGAAUUACUCGCGAAAAUAAAAAACUCGAGCAAGUUAGAGAUGGAGAACUCAAGUUUAUGUGAAGAAUUAGUCACUAGUGUGAAGAAUUUAGCUAGUGAAAGUGAUCGAAACAAAUGUUGUUUCGUCACUAAUGGCAUAGGAAAGGUGUUAUCAUCAGCAUUUCUUGAACUAUCAAAGGGAAAAAACGCGAAAAAUGCUUCAACAGAGGAAGUGAUCUUGUCAACUUUAACACUUUUUUUGCCUUUGGAUGUUAAGUCCAAGACAAUUCUUGGGUCGGUAUCAUCGUUACGUAGCAUAGCAUGGUUCUUGAAGAAUGGGAGUUUAUCAAGUAGGAGGAAUGCAGUUGUUGUCCUUAGAGAAAUUAUGAAAUUGGAAGAACAAGAAAAGGUUGAAAUCUUGUUGAAUAUUGAAGGUGCAUUAGAAGGGCUUGUGAAGUUGGUAAAAGAGCCAAUUUGUCCUAAUACUACAAAAGCUUCUUUAUUAACAAUUUAUUAUAUGGUUAAUAAUUCAUCAUCACAAUCAUCAAGAUCAAGAUUUGUUGAUGUGGGGUUAGUUGAAAUGUUGAUAGAAAUACUUGUGGAUUGUGACAAAAGCAUAUGUGAAAAGGCAUUAGGUGUUUUGGAUGGUAUUUUGAGCUAUGAAGAAGGGGUGAAAAGGGCUUUUAGUUAUGCACUUAGUGUGCCUGUUUUGGUGAAGAAAUUGUUGAGAGUUUCAGAUUUGGCUACUGAAUUUUCAGUUUCAAUUUUAUGGAAGAUAAUAUGCAAGAAUGAAAAUAAUGGAGAUUGUGAUAUUCUUGUUGAAGCACUUCAAGUUGGUGCAUUUCAAAAGCUUUUGGUGAUACUACAAGUUGGUUGUAGUGAAACAACAAAAGAGAAAGCUAAUGAGUUGUUGAAGUUGUUGAAUGUGCAUAGGGAUAGAGCAGAGUGUGUUGAUUCUUUGGACUUCAAGAGUCUCAAAAGGACAUUUUGAAACGAUGUCUUUGAGUUCAGUAUCUAGUAUAAUUUUUCGAUGGAUGGGAUUAACAUAAACCCCUUUCCGCCCCUCGCUUGUUAUGACCAGUACUAUACAUGAUUCAUUUUUCAUUAUAUACAAGUAAAUCCAAGAAUAAGGAAAAAUAUAUAGUUCAUAGUACACUUUUUUACAAUCAUUCUAUAUACAUACAUAUGUUGAUCAUAGAUUAAGAUGCAAUAUCAAUUCAUGUAUUAAAUAUAUGUAUGGAGGGGUCUUCACCUCCAAGUGUAGUGUAUGAUUGCCAUAGAAUUGAUGUGAUGGUUUGUACUUUUGUAACUAUUAUGAGUAUAAAGGAAUAAGUCUUAUAUUUAGGGUAGAA